CUUGGAGUGCAGUAACAACAAUUCUGUCCCGGAGUUGAAUUUAUACCCGAAAUUGAGCCUACAUUCACCGUGCGGUCCGAGAGUUUCUGUUUAGUGGCCCCGAAGUAUCAGGUAAUCGCCUAGUGUUUUGAGUUGUAUAUCUCCCGAGUCCCGACCACCUUCCAACAGUAGGGAAAGCCAAAGCCAAACGAAGCAUGGCGACCCAAGACGAUGCCGGUAUCCCGCUCUUCCACGCAGUCGACGAGACCGGCUACAAGCUUCUAGAGUUACCGCCCGAGCUGCUCGAGCUCCUCGAACGCCCAGACCCUCCGACACUGACCCUCCACCCCUCCCCAACCGCGGCACUCCUCAAGACGCCCAACGACAGCAACGGCAACGGCGGCGAGGGCAAGACCUACUCCCUCCGGCAGAAAAACACCUCCAACGCCCUCAUCCUUCUCGAGCCCGCCGCCCCUACUACGGCCACGGCGACGGCCACCACGGAUGAUGACGCCCAGGUGAUUGGACCACCCGGGCUCAACGCAAUCGCCACCCUCCAUGAGACGAUUGAGCUUGUCCCCGAGGCGAUCGGGGACGCGGCGGCGGCGGCGCCCAAGCCACGGGGCAAGUGGCAUGAGAAGUUUGGGAAGGGGCGGUAGGCCGUCUUGUCAGUCUGUCAGGCUGUGUCUGAAUUGUGACUGGGUUUGUAGCUAGGGAUGGAUGGUGUGGCAUGCUGUAACCAAGGAGGGUGGGCUAACUAAGAGAGAGGUCAUCAUAGCUAGAGCAGCAAGCAGCAGUAGCGGCAAUGACCAUCGGCAAUUGGCAACUGGCAAUCACAAGCAAGUCCACGGUCAUAUAGAUUCAUUAAUUAGCGCCCAAGAU